AUGGGUUCCGAUGCUGAUAUAGAGGAUUACGGGUUCGAGUAUUCGGAUGAGGAGCCCGAGGAACAGGACGUCGAUAUUGAGAAUCAGUAUUAUAACUCAAAAGGCUCGGUUGAAACAGAUCCAGAAGCUGCGCUUGAGGCUUUUGCCAAAGUUGUGCGGAUGGAACCUGACAAGGCUGAGUGGGGAUUCAAAGCUUUAAAGCAAACUGUUAAGCUGUACUAUAAGCUAGGGAAGUACAAAGAAAUGAUGGAUGCUUAUAGAGAUAUGUUAACUUACAUCAAAUCAGCAGUGACUAGAAAUUACAGUGAGAAGUGCAUCAACAAUAUAAUGGAUUUCAUUUCUGGAUCAGCUGGUCAGAACUUUAGCCUCUUGAAAGAGUUUUAUCAGACCACUUUAAAGGCUCUUGAAGAGGCAAAAAAUGAGAGACUGUGGUUCAAAACAAAUCUGAAGCUUUGCAAGAUAUGGAUUGAUAUGGGUGAAUAUGGGCGGAUGAGCAAGAUUUUGAAGGAGCUCCACAAAUCUUGUAAAAAAGAAGAUGGCACAGAUGAUCAGAAAAAAGGGACACAAUUGCUGGAAGUAUAUGCAAUUGAAAUUCAAAUGUACACAGAGACAAAAAACAACAAAAAACUGAAGGAAUUAUAUCAAAAAGCACUGUCAAUCAAGUCAGCUAUUCCUCAUCCUAGAAUAAUGGGAAUUAUUCGCGAGUGUGGUGGAAAAAUGCAUAUGGCAGAGCGACAAUGGACCGAGGCGGCUACUGAUUUCUUUGAAGCUUUUAAGAACUAUGAUGAAGCUGGGAACCAUAGGCGUAUCCAGUGUUUAAAAUAUUUGGUUAUGGCUAAUAUGCUGAUGAUAUCUGAGGUCAACCCAUUAGAUGGUCAAGAGGCUAAGCCAUAUAAAAAUGACCCUGAGAUAUUGGCCAUGACAAACCUAAUAGCGGCAUAUCAACGGAAUGAGAUAUUGGAGUUUGAGAAAAUUCUGAAGAGUAACAGAAGGACGAUAAUGGAUGAUCCAUUUAUCCGAAAUUACAUUGAAGAUCUUUUGAAGAAUGUGAGAACACAAGUGUUGCUUAAGCUCAUUAAGCCUUAUACAAGAAUUCGGAUCCCCUUUAUAUCAAAGGAACUUAAUGUGCCAGAAAAAGAUGUUGAGGAGCUGUUAGUGUCCCUUAUCUUGGAUAAUCGUAUUGAUGGGCACAUUGACCAAGUGAAUCGGCUGUUGGAACGUGGUGACAGGUCAAAGGGAAUGAAGAAGUACAGUGCGAUAGAGAAAUGGAACACACAGCUUCGGUCACUGUAUCAAACGUACACUGCAGGUAUGUUGCUUCUUGUUCUGGAUUCAGAAAACCCAAGUAUUAUAGAAAACACGCAGUUGAAUAACACAGCCAAUAUGUUCCCUUCACUGAGAUGUUGGGAAUUAUGCAAAGCUUAUGAUUGCAUUCUUCAAUCCGUAUGCCUUGCUACAGAUCUAGAGGGUUUAUGCAUUGUAAUCAAGGCUCAUGCCGGUCUUGACUUGUGA